UGACAUCAACCUCCUUCCGAUAACCUCUUUUCCCCCAAUAAACCACACCUCUAUCAUCAUCACCGUCGUCACAUGGCCGCUGAAUCCAUGUCGGUAAGAACUGUGAAGGUCAUCAAUGUUUCCUUAAGUGCUUCCGAGCAAGACAUCAAGGAAUUCUUUUCGUUUUCUGGUGAUAUUGAAUAUAUUGAGAUGAAGAGUGAGAAUGAGCGAGCUCAAAAUGCAUUCGUCACUUUCAAGGAGCCUCAAGGUGCAGAGACUGCAGUUCUACUCUCGGGAGCAACUAUAGUCGACCAAUCUGUUACCAUUGUUCUUGCACCAGAGUACACUCUCCCUCCUUUUACAACUACACUUUCAGAUCAACAAAACACCGCAACAGGGGGGCAAGGUGUGGGAGGUGCUGAAUCUGCUGUUCAAAAAGCAGAAGAUGUUGUGAGCAGUAUGUUGGCAAAAGGUUUCAUACUGGGAAAAGAUGCAGUAAACAAAGCCAAAUUGUUUGAUGAGAAAGUCCAGUUUACAUCAACAGCUGCAGCAAAAGCAGCUACAAUAGACCAGAAGAUUGGUCUAACUGAGAAAAUCAACCUGGGGACAACAUUAGUGAAUGAGAAAGUGAAAGAGAUGGAUCAGAAGUUUCAGGUGUCUGAGAAGACAAAAACGGCCUUUGCGACUGCAGAGCAGACUGUAAGUGUUGCGGGAUCUGCACUUAUGAAGAACCGGUAUGUGCUGACUGGGACUGCCUGGGUCGCCGGAGCUUUCAGCAGGGUGACGAAAGCCGCCGGAGAAGUGGGACAGAAGACCAUGGAGAAAGUGGCAGUGGAAGAACAGGCGGCUGGAACGGGAACCACCAGGACUACUCAUCAAGAACCACCGCCUACUUCUACACACCCUGCUACUGGUUGAACAAGAACACCACAUGAUCAGGUCUUGUUGCUUCAGUCAAGUGUUAGGCUGUAGAUUAUGCAGGAUUUAUGGACUUUAUUAUUAUGAAUUUUCUGUUUUUUUCAUGGUUUUAGUGGUUUAGGAGUUGGUAUAUGGAAAAAACACAAGUAGUUGCUU